CGCCCGCGCGGGCCACUCUGGGACUCGUAGCCAUGCGCGGCCUGGAGGCGGCCGGGCCUCGGCCCACAGCGACCCCCGGGUGUGGGUGUGUGAAGCCCGCGCUGGAGACAGGGAAUAUAUUAACUGAACCAAUUGGCUACUUGGAAUCCUGUUUCUCGGUCAAGAAUGGUACUCCAAGGCAGCCGUCCAUUUGUAGCCACUCACGGGCUUGCUUGAGAAUUAGAAAGAGCAUUUUUAAUAAUCCUGAACAUUCCUUGAUGGGAUUAGAACAAUUUUCUCAUGUUUGGAUUUUGUUUGUUUUUCACAAGAAUGGUCAUUUGAGCUGUAAGGCCAAAGUGCAGCCUCCUCGGCUGGAUGGUGCAAAGACUGGAGUGUUUUCCACAAGGAGCCCCCAUCGUCCCAACGCAAUUGGACUGACUCUGGCCAGGCUGGAAAAGGUAGAAGAUGGAGCCGUGUACCUGUCUGGGAUCGACAUGAUUCAUGGCACACCUGUCCUGGACAUAAAGCCCUACAUAGCAGACUAUGACUCACCCCAAAGCUGCCCGACGGCACCUCUCGGGAGCACGAGCCCCCCGAAGCGCCAGCCCCAUUUGGAAACUGUGCCCUGCUCUGAGGGCAGACUCUCAGCACUGUCUGGACUAUGGCCCCACGAUGGCCCUGAGGGGAGGCCGCAGUACCCAGAGGACGGGGCUGCAGGAGAGAAGGGCGGGAAGCCGAACGAGACAGCCUGUGCCCCGCAGCCCUCACCCCCAAGCUGGGAGGUGGCCGCAGAGCUGGGCUCCGAAUCGGGACACGACUGGGGCCCGAGUGUGUCGGCAGAGCCAGCCGUGGAGCAGCCUGCUUCAGAGGAAGGCAGCGAUGGCCAGGGGACAGGCUCCUGGGCCCCAGUGGGGAUCAGAGCAGAGAUGGCCCCCCGGGAACCAACCGGGGCAGCCCCGUGCAGCGCCGUGCCCGCCUGGGUGAGGGAGGCCCCCGUGGCUCCCUUGCAAGUUCGGUUCACGCCUCACGCAGAGAUGCAACUCCGGGACCUUGGAUCUGCAGGUGGCGGGCCAUCGCCCUUCAGGUACCUCCAGUCGGCGGCGGAGGCCCGGCAGGCCAUCGAGGCAGUGUUGGCGGCCGACCCCAGGUCCGUGUAUCGCCGGAAGCUGUGCCAGGACCGCCUCUUCUACUUCACCGUCGACACUGUGCACAUCACCUGCUGGUUUGGCAACAACUUCGCCGAGGUACUCUGGAUCCAGCCGGCUUCUGGGCCCGGUGGGGUGACUGGCCCUGGGGAGGCCGCAGAGGCCACAGUACCCUAGGAACUCAGCUUGGCUCUGGUGGCAACUGCAGGAUUCCAUGGCCUCGAGCACAAGGUGUCUGCUUCGCAGGAGGAUGAGGCUCCUUGGGAUUUCACGGCUUCGAUUUAUUGGGGUGGUUCAAACAGUGUAUUUGAAAGCGGUAUAUUUUAAUAAA